AGUUUUGACAGCUCGAACUGUCAUCUGACAACCGCGAUUUACAUACAUCGCAAAAAUGAAGCUCGAAAAGUCUUCAAAUAACGGGACACAUUCUCUAAUAGGCUGUUUCCAGACCUCACAAAUAAAAUGCCGUGAUCUAGUGAUAAGUGGACAUUUAAUACAAACUACAUCUAGUAUACUUAGCAAAUGACAGUUUUGACACUUUGCCUAUCGAGUGUCGAGUAGAAAAAUAAACCUCGAUUAGAAGAUGUCGAAGAGUAGUUACAAACGCAAGAGAAAAGAAGACCAAGAAGCGGCGGCGCACGUUUUCAAAGAUUUCCUCGAAACCUUCCAAAACCCGUCGAUUUCGAUAGCGAACAAACCGUUCGUGCGAUCGUCCGUAUUAUACCGCAACAACGAGCAACAAACCGCCGACGUCGGCCAAAUCUACAACCCCAAACCGUUGAUCCCAUCCGCCAAACUCAGCGAAACCAAAACGGCGCUCGAAUGCGCUCGAAUCCUCAAGGACACCGCCUUGAACAAGCCCAAAAAAUUCGAACGGCCCCCGUCGAACUUGGACCUGCUCAAGGAGGAGCUGAAGCAGCGCCACGAAAAGGACAAAUCCCCGGCGAAUUCGACCGAAGACGCCGCCACUACGAACCUGUUCGUGGCGAAUCUGAGCUCGAAAAUCACCGAGAACCAUCUCAUGGUGGAGUUCGGCGCGUACGGCCCCCUAGCGAGCGUGAAAAUCCUCUGGCCCCGCGCCGACGAAACCCACCGCAACUCCAACUGCGGCUUCGUGGCUUUUAUGAGUAGAAAAGACGCCGAGCGCGCGCUCAAAGCCAACCAGCGUCGCGACGACAUGCGCGUCUGUUGGGGCAAAUCCGUCGAGAUCCCCUCGCACCCCAUCUACAUCCCCGACUCCCUCCUGAAGCUCUAUUUACCACCACCUUCGUCCGGUUUACCCUUCAACGCGCAACCCACCGCGCGAUCUUCAGGCGAUUUCGCGCGGUUCCUGCGCGAUUGCCGCGUGAAAGUCGCCGUCCCGCUGAACAAAAAACUCCUGGCGCUCGUCCACCGCAUGAUAGAGUUCGUGGUGCGCGAGGGGCCGGCGUUCGAGGCGCUCGUCAUGCGCAAGGAGCUCGACAAUCCGGACUUUAAUUUCCUCUUCGACUGCAAAUCGCCGACGCACGUCUACUACCGCUGGAAGUUGUUUUCUAUAUUGAACGGGGACGGGCCGAGGUCGUGGUCGAUGCGGGAGUUUCGGAUGUUCGAGGGCGGCUCGGUGUGGUGCCCGCCGGCGACGCCCUGCUACACGUCGGGCAUGCCCGACGGGCUGGUGGAGGCCGGCGAGCGGCGGUUGGGCGAGGCGCAAUCGGAGCGAUUGGUGGAAUUGAUUAGGCGGUUGACGAUGGGGCGAGCAAACGUGGCCGAAGCGAUGGCGUUCUGUUUGGCUCGAUCGAGCGCUGUGGACGAUGCUAUCGAGAUAAUCGUGGAGUCGUUGAGGAACGAGGGCACCGAAGCGCCGAAGAGGAUCGCUAGAUUGUACUUGCUGUCGGAUGUACUCAGCAAUUGCAAGGCGAAGAAGCUGCCGUUGAGGAUCGAGAAGCAGGAGGGGAUGUUGUUGGAGGUGUUUCGGUUCACGAGGAGUCGCCGCGACGCUUUGAAGACGCUGUGCGAUAGGGAUAAUUUCGAUACGAGGAUCGUUAGAAUCGUGAGGCAUUGGGAUAUUUACAGGAUGUUUUCGGAGGAGUUUUUGGAUAAAGUUAACGCGUUGUUUAGUGGUAAUAAAUUCGUGGAGGAAGACGAUAGUAGUUUGGGGUUGGACGAGCCGUUGGACGGGGCUUGUUUGUUGAGGCGGUCGAGUGGUGAAGAAAACGGUAAAAAAGUCGCAGGUUUGUCCGAAAUUGAUAUAAAGAAAUAUUUCGUUCCGUCGAAAUGGGACGCUAUCGAUCCCGACGAGGUCGAAGCUCAAGCCAUGUCGACUGAGAAAAUGUAUUUCAUGGAAAUGGAGAAGCGGGCGAAGCACGACAAAAAGAGGAAGAAGAAGAAAUCUAAACGAUAAGUUUUUUUUACUGCCGGUGCUUUUGUAUGUGUGUUGUAUUAAAAAGUUUCUUCCUGUUGUAUUUUAAGGUGUACGUUGAAAUAAAUAAACGUUUCUAUUGCGAAGUUUGUGUCAUUUUAGUCUUUCGCCUUCCGUUCAUGUGACGCCCUGUAUAUAUUCAAAUUUUCCGCUGAAAAUAACAAACAUACAGCACGAUUGUUUUCUGAAAUAUACUUGAAACUUGAUGGAAAAAUUGAAAAUUCAUGGAAAACGUACCUAAUUAAUUUCUUAUAAAAAAUAAUGUCUACAUUUUAUGUAAAC